GAGUCUCUUUGUUUUUGUCUCCUUUUCUCUCAAUGGUUUUCGAACUAUUCUGUGGUUCGGAGAUUCUUGAGUUCUUGAGAUAUUAUCUUGGAGUUUUCUCUUGUGGCUUAUUUAGGCUUUUGAUUGAUUUCUUUUGGUGCACCUUUUGGAGAUGGAAUGAGAUACGUUCUGAUGCAGCUUUUGUGAUGGGAUGGUACUCUUUAGCAAGGUUUUGAGUUGUUUCUCUAUGGAAGGUGGUUUGAACCUCUGUUAAGGUUUGUGCUGGUGUUGGUUCGAGUGUCUAGGUGGCAGUUUGGUCUUCAAGAUUCGGCGUGGUUAACCUUAUGGAGGUGGUUGUGUGUUGUUCUUCAGCUUCGCCUCGGUCUUUUUUCUUGUGGAUGGUGUUCCCGGCCUAAGUUGUUGAUUAUUUAGGAAUCCUUCUGCUUUCAUCGUCUUACAACUUGUUGUUUGAGGGUGCUACGCCUUGAUUCAUUCUGGAGUGGAUAUCCAUCAUCUCAUAAUAUUCUUUCUGGUGAUAAAUUGUGUUCUAAGGAAGCUCCUUCGCUCUCUCCUCAGAACCCUACACAGAAGCUCUUUCUUCCUCUAUGAGCUCGUCAACAAUGGCGGCCACUGCUUCCGGCACCUCCCUCUGCAAGACUCCGUUCACUUCACCCAAAUCUCCUAUGCCCAUUUCCGGAUUCACCCUCCCCAUUUCUUCGAAACGCCGAAGCCCUACCAUUUGUCGACCUCUCCUGAUCUCCAAUUCCCUCUCAAAUUCUAAGCCCCCCGCCGCCGCUGCCACCGCCACCUCCGCCACCAGCUCCCCUCCCACCACCACCACCACCACCAAAACCCCAGAACUAUUCACAUCCAGAUUUGCCGAUAACGAGCCCAGAAAGGGCGCCGACGUCCUUGUCGAAGCCCUCGAGCGCGAAGGCGUCACCGACGUCUUCGCCUAUCCCGGCGGCGCGUCCAUGGAGAUCCACCAGGCCCUCACGCGCUCCAACAUCAUCCGCAACGUCCUCCCCCGCCACGAACAGGGCGGGAUCUUCGCCGCCGAAGGUUAUGCUCGCGCCUCUGGCCUUCCCGGAAUCUGCAUCGCCACCUCCGGCCCCGGCGCCACCAACCUCGUCAGUGGACUCGCCGACGCUCUGCUCGACAGCAUCCCCAUUGUCGCCGUGACCGGGCAGGUCCCUCGCCGGAUGAUCGGAACUGACGCCUUCCAAGAAACCCCCAUUGUUGAGGUAACGAGGUCCAUCACCAAGCAUAAUUACUUAGUACUCAAUGUAGAGGACAUUCCUAGGAUUGUGCGUGAGGCAUUUUACCUUGCGUGUUCAGGCCGGCCUGGCCCGGUUCUGAUUGAUAUUCCGAAGGAUAUACAGCAGCAGGUAGUGGUUCCUGAUUGGGAUAAGCCAGUUAGAUUACCUGGUUAUGUUUCUAGGCUGCCCAAGUGCCCAACUGAGGUACAUAUGGAGCAGAUUGUUAGGCUGAUAUCGGAAUCGAAGAAGCCAGUUUUAUAUGUGGGUGGAGGGUGUGUGAACUCGAGCGAGGAGUUGCGUCAAUUUGUGGAGAUAACGGGGAUUCCUGUCGCAAGCACUUUGAUGGGUCUUGGUUCGUUCCCCUGUGCGGACGAUUUAUCUCUUCAUAUGCUGGGAAUGCACGGCACUGUUUAUGCUAAUUAUGCUGUGGAUAAGUCUGAUCUGUUGCUUGCAUUCGGAGUGAGGUUCGAUGACCGUGUGACCGGAAAGCUGGAAGCUUUUGCGAGCAGGGCCAAGAUUGUUCACAUUGACAUAGAUUCGGCAGAGAUUGGGAAGAAUAAGCAGCCGCAUGUGUCAGUUUGUGCUGAUUUGAAGCUGGCAUUGAAAGGGAUAAAUGGGAUGCUGGAGAGGAAAGCAGACAAGCUUAAACUGGAUUUUUCGACUUGGAGAGAGGAACUGAAAGAGCAGAAACUGAAGUAUCCAUUGAGUUACAAGACUUUUGGGGAGGCAAUUCCUCCACAGUAUGCAAUUCAGCUCCUUGAUGAAUUGACAAAUGGGGAUGCAAUUGUAAGUACUGGUGUUGGGCAACAUCAGAUGUGGGCAGCUCAAUUCUACAUGUACAACAAGCCUCGGCAUUGGCUAACCUCAGGUGGAUUAGGGGCUAUGGGUUUUGGAUUACCUGCUGCAAUGGGCGCAGCUGUGGCAAAACCGGAUGCAGUUGUUGUAGACAUUGAUGGUGAUGGGAGUUUUGUGAUGAAUGUUCAGGAAUUGGCUACAAUUCGUGUGGAGAAUCUUCCUGUUAAGAUAAUGCUCCUAAAUAAUCAGCAUUUGGGUAUGGUUAUGCAGUGGGAGGAUCGGUUCUACAAGGCUAAUAGGGCUCACACAUAUCUAGGAGACCCAUCAAAAGAGUCAGAGAUAUUCCCUGAUAUGUUGAAGUUUGCAGAAGCAUGUGCGAUACCUGCUGCUCGAGUGUCAAAGAAAGGAGAUCUUAGAGCUGCAAUUCAGAAAAUGUUGGAUACUCCUGGGCCAUACUUACUGGAUGUUAUUGUACCCCAUCAAGAACAUGUCCUGCCUAUGAUCCCAAGUGGUGGUGCUUUCAAAGAUGUAAUCACAGAGGGCGAUGGGAGAUCAACCUACUGAUCUUUUUGAGCAGUGUAUUUAUUUUGAGGCGUUGUAUGUAUUAUAUUCUAUGCAAUCUGAGGCUUGGUUAAGGUGCCACAGUUUCAGUCUAGCGAUUAGUUCUUUAUGGUAUGUGUGGGCAAAUUAUGUUGCUUUCUGUAGUAAUUAGUUUGUUUUAUGCUGUUAAGUAGUUCAUAAUGUAGUCUUUUUUGUACGAACUGGAUUUUAUAUUCUUGUUCUGGGAGUAAUGUAUUAUGCUAUGGUUAAGUUUCAAUCCAGUAAUUGUUAUUCUCACAAA